AUGCCGAACUUGACUCUUCUGGAUUUGUCCUAUAAUCGUUUGAGAACAUUUCCGUGGUCAUCUCUGAAGAAUGCACCAACCAUUUGUAAGUUAAAGUUGAACAAUAAUGAAAUUUCGAAAGUUGACGCCUACGUCGACUUCCCUCAGACCUUGGAGUAUCUUUACCUUCAGUGUAAUCGCAUCACCACGAUUCCCGAAACCUUCUUACACGGAUUGAAGCCACUAAAAGAGACAUUCUAUCUGCGGAUAUGGCAGAAUCCUCUCCUUUGUGACUGUAAGAUCCAGUGGAUCGCUCGUUUUCGGCGAUGUGUGUGGGAACACCGACAAGAAGGCUGUGUCAACGCUUCUCCCGGCAGGGCCAGGAAGUGUAUACAGGACAAGUGCAACUUCCACCCGAAUGGCGUUGCGGUUAUCCUGGACUGGCUUAAAAAAACUCAUAAACUCAUUUCUGUAAAACCACCGACCCCCGGACAGAGUCUUAGAUGUGACUCACCGCAAGAAUUGAAAGGAACUUUGUUGAGAAAUAUCUCUCUACCGACAUGUACAUCUGCCAACGAUUCUGCAAAUUCACAACAAACGUCGUCUACAGAUAAAUUAGAGACUCAUGAACCCCAGAAGCCAUCAGCGGAGACAAAGCCCCCACCACUCGUUACCAACACCUGGGAGAGAACCACGGUCAACACUCCCAAACUUUCGCUCUUUUGGAAAAGUGAGUCGUUUUGA